CCCACACCCCAACCUCUUCAACACACACACACAAGCUCCUGCUUGUGGAGCGUCCAGUAACCAAGCCAUGACUGGCAGCCACACAGUCAUAUAGCAGUUUUGGUUUUAACAUUUGGAUUUUCUGCUUGUUGGAUCAAUAUAUUUGUUGUUAUUCUUGGUUUUGUGGCCUGCUGGGGAUAAAGCAGACAGGACCUCUGUCACUGCAGCCUGGAACAUGGAACAAGUCCAGAAGGUGCAGAAGAAGACGAGCACCAUGUCUCUGACCAUCUCCUCCUCCUCUGCUGCUGCAUCCUCCACUCGUGAGCUCUCCUCCUGCUCCUCCACUCUCCUCGGUCAGAGACACUCCAGCCUGGUGCAGCCGCUGUGUGUCAGCCCUCAGAGGACUCAGAGUCCCAUUUACAACCAGCAGCAUUCAAGCAGCGCAGUGGCUCCCACAUUUGUUAAGUGUCUCCACGAUGUGUCUACGGUGAAGGGUCAGCUGGUGGUCCUGGAGUGCAGACUGAGGGGGACUCCGCCCCUGCAGGUUAUGUGGUACAGAGAGGAUGAGCAAAUACUGGACUCCGAUGAUUUUAGGAUACUCCACAAGAAGGCCAGUUCUGCAUCAGUGCCGGAGGAGCUGUGUACGCUGGUUAUCACUGAGGCCUUUCCCGAAGACUCUGGCCUGUUUAAGUGUGUGGUCCACAACGCUUUCGGCACUGUCUCCUGCUCAGCCAUGCUGGAAGUUUAUGACGGUGGGAAGUCCAGUUGUACAUACCACAAUGUUUUCCAGUUAAAAGUUCACAUAGUGACUCUGUUACUUUACACCCCACACGCAGACCUGGACGAGCAGUUGGAGGCCGAGGCCAUUCAUCAGGAAGCUGUUUCUAUCAGGCAAGAUAAAGAGGCCAUGUCCCAACAAGAGACUUUGUCCUGCAGAGCAAGCAGCAGAGACUUUCCUCCAGGGCUGUCAGACAGUAUCAACCUCCCUCCUCCUGAGUGGCCUGACAGCGCUGUAGAAGAUGACAUCUCUGUUGCAGAUUUCCCUGAACCUCAGCUGGCCAACCAGUACUCUGAAGAAAUCUUUGGGCGGAGCGAGGACGAGAUCGCCCUGAGCUCAGAGGGCCAGAGAUCCCCAGAGGUUACCGCCCAAACUUGUACGUCUAGCCCAACCCUACCACCCUCACCCUCACCACCGCCAGAAGUCAAGGAGAAAGCCCAGGCGCCCAAGCUGUUCACCCCAAGCAAGCUCAGUUUCACAUCCUCCCAGUCAGGAGGCAACAACAUGAACCUGUCCGACCUGCCUACGUUCACUCCCAGCACGUUCCCUCCCAGCGCCUUCAACUAUGAGCGACCGAGGCAUUUUAUUCAGUCUCAGCCGGCCUUCCAGGCACCCAGCUACGACAGCGUGCUGAAGGAAGCCCAGGAAAACCAAAACAACUCCCAGCAGAACCUCAACAGUGCCCAGAAAAGUCCAAAUGUCCUGGAGACGCAGAUUCAAACUAAAGCCAUGUCCACACAAAGUCAGUCAUUUUCUCAGUCCGCGUCAAAGUCCUUGUCAGAGACCCAGUCACAGUUUCAGUCACUGAGCCUCAGUCAGAACCAAUACCAGUCUGCCGCACCGCCACAGAUCCACAUCCAGGCCAACGGAACAGCCAAGAGUUCUCCGUCUUCAUCCAGCCUCAGCUCCCCUGUCUCCACCCCGGCCUCCUCUGCUGUACCUGCUCUUUCCUCCGCCGGCCCUAUGCUCAGUCACUCUCCCACCUCCUUCUCAUCUCUCCCAUCCUCAUCUCUCCCCCGCACCACCAUGCGCUCCACCAUCACCCUCACCCCUAGCAUCCCCAGUGCUACUGGCCUUGGCAGCGCCACCUUACCUGCUAACCAGGACAGCAUGUCGGCCUCUGCUGCUUACCUCUGCUCAGUGUUACCCUCCCAGUCCUCCUCCAAACUGUCUCCUACCACCAACCGUCCCCUCUCCUCCACCUCCCCCUCCCGCUCCCCACUCGCACCCUCAAGCCCUCUCCUCCCUCUGAGAACCUCCUCUUCUUCAUCUGCUCUCCCUCAACAACCUCCGCCAGUGUCUCCUUCCCUCCCACGCUCCCCUCUCUCUUCUUCUUCCUCACCCUCCUGUGUCCCACAGCAGCCUUUCACUCCCAUCACCCAGAACAGUGUACAGCCUGCUGUGGUCUCCUUACCUGCCAGCUAUAAGGGGACGCCAAGCACCCUUCCCAAACCCAUACUGAAGAAGGCUAUAGCUCCUCGACCGUCCUCCGCCCGCUCCACAGAUGAAGACAUUCAAGGUUCCAAAGACGCUUUGAUUCAGGAUCUGGAAAAGAAGCUUCGCUCAAAGGAAGCCAGGAGGAGAAACAGCCAGAAGCUGUCUUACGAGGAGCGCAUGGCUCGUAGGCUGUUGGGUCCAGACAACACUACCUACAUGUUUGACCAAGACAAUCUUUCAGACUCACAACUCGACCAGCCAGAUUCACCAGAAGGAAGACACACGGGUGGACUAUGGGGGAGGCACCACUCGCGCACAGAUGAGAGGGGUAACGAAGGAUUGGCUAUCCAGGAGAAAUGUUACGCGCCUCGCUUCCUGCAGGUCCCCCCUGACCUCACAGUGGAGGAGGGGCGCUUCUGUAGGCUUGACUUCAAGGUGGGAGGCCUCCCAACACCCGACGUCUCCUGGUAUCUGGACGGUAAAGCCAUUCGUCCAGAUGACUACCAUAAGAUGCUGGUGUGUGAGAAAGGGAUGCACUCAUUCAUCAUAGAGAUUGUGACGGUGCAUCAUGCUGGUGUGUACGAGUGUGUGGCCAGGAACCGAGCCGGGGAGAGCAGAUUUACCAUGAGGCUCAAUGUAAUCGCUCAGGAAGCGCUCCGUCCUCCUACCUUUGUCCAGAAGAUGGUGAACUCCAGAGCUCUAGAGGGCGACACGAUCAGGUUAGAGUGCAAAGUGGAUGCUUCCCCUCCACCGCAGCUUUUCUGGAAGAAGGAUAAAGACAUGCUGCGCAUUGACCCCAACAGAAUGAGUCUGUACCAGGACGGGUCAGGCCGCCAGUGCUUGUUGAUAGAGAGGGUGAUGAAGUCAGAUGCUGGCUGGUACACUCUGUCUGCCAUCAACGAAGCUGGCAUGUCCACAUGCAACGCCAGGCUGGAUGUAGGAACCCGCACAACUCCGGCCAUGAAGACUGCUCCUGCUGGCUCCAAGACUCUGAAGCUGCUGUCCUCUCUGAGCCACGUCCCUGCUCUGACGGUGGAGAGCCCCGCCCAGCACACGGCGCCGUUGUAUGAGAGCGAAGAGCUGUAGACCCACAUGCUCCCACCCUCCACUAACCACCAUGUCAGAACUGUAAAGAGAGGAGCCUCUGACUGUCGCGUCAGGGCCAAAACAUGAGUGCAGACUAAUAAUCAUCGCAGCGCGCACAACUCACAGUAGUAACACAUUCACUAAGCUUCAUGCAAUAGCAAAGCACAUCUGCCAUCUUUACAACACUUGGGUAAAAUGAUUAUGAUGCAGCAUUGGAGACUUUUUACUGUGGGAGAGUUUAGGACUUGUUCUCGUCCAUGUGCUGCUGUUUGUCACACUGUUUCUGCCCAUCUGUCUGUCUGCUCUGCUUUUUCCUCUCCGUCUCUUCAUGUGCCCGUCCUGGCUGCUCUCAGCAGAAUGCGGCUCCUCGGUCAUGGAUGUAUUAAUAGAGCUGGGUAUGUUGUGGCACAGGCUGCGCUGCUGUCAGGUUUGGUCCCAGUGGGCAGCCACAUUACUGCAACAUAAUCUCCUCCAGUCCAGAAACCAUUUUCAAAACGCACAUUUCAAGCAAUGAUGACAGGACACCGGCCAUAUGUUACUACAUGUACUGAAUAUUUAAAAGGUUCUUUAACAUUUGCACAUUUUAAUUUUUUUCCCAUGUCUAUCCCAACCUAUCCCACCUGUCACGGGAACAGACAGUAAAAAAAAAAAAAAAAGAUGGACGUAGCCAAUGUGACGUCACUGAUUAGUGAAGUCCCCUCUGAAGCCUCGAGCCGUUUCAGUCUUUGGUGUUUUGAAACGGGAUGUGAUAGGGGAGGGGCUACUCGGACUGUGAAACUGAGAACACCGCAUGCUUGUGAUUGACGCGUCGUUAGCCAAUGAGAAUACCCUGGACAUUCCUCCUUUCUGGCUCUAAUAAUAACCGUAAUUCCAUUAUUCAGUGUAACCCGAAACUAGUCACGGAGUCAUCAGGAAAGUGUUUACAGAGGUCACACAAGAAGAAAGCCUAGGGCUAUUUUCCCCCAUAGCUUCUAUACAAUCAAGUCUUUUUGCAACCAACGUUGCCCCCUGUUGUCCAUUUAACAACAAUGCAGCUUCAAAGCAAAGCGUCGGCUCCACUUUUUAGACCUGCUUAAAGUUACGUCCAUCUUUUCUGUGCUGUCACAGGGUGAGAGGUGGGGACGCCGUGGACAGGUUGCCAGUGAGGAGAAAGAGUUCUGUACUCAUGAAUUACUGCUAAGGAUCAUUUUGUGUGUCCUUGCAUUAAUGCUGCCUGUGGUGUGUCUGUAACGCUUUUUAAAUGAUCAGAUUCUCUGCUGUUGUAUGAAUUUAAUCGGGUUGAAAUGUUCUGAUACAGUUUAUGUGACUGAAGCUUUUUAUCAGUGUUGAGACUUUUCAUGUGUGCAGCCUUUUGCUGCUAAACACAGGCUGCCAUCCUGAUACCUGAACCCAAAACGUGCUCUGAACUUUAAACGUUUACACUUGGUCACAUCUGCAGUGCAGAUACGUUUGAACUCCAGACAGAAAAUGUUUUUUCCUGUUAAGCGUACAGGCGGGUAUCAGCAUGUCAGCCUCAGUCUGUCUUUUGGUGACUUUAUCCAAAUGGAUUCAUCAGAUAUGCUUAAUUUGCGUGCUUACAUUGAAACUGCUUGCUAUUACCAGCCUGGAGCUCACGUCACAAAAACCAAGAUGGAAACGUGUGUUCUGUGGCCAUGAAAAUGUGGUGUUGACCCCUGUGUGGCCACGGCCUCGCAGUGACGGUUGUUUGCUGAGGUCUGGAUAAACUACAUUUUCUGCCUUAAUGUAGUCCCAGGUGUUACAAUAAGUAGUGGGACUAACUUUACACCAGUGUCCUGUACUGGUCUAAUCCACUGGUUUAGCUAGUUGAUCUUAAGUUGGUCACUAAGACAUGCGGCUCAAAUGGGGUUAAACUUUUAUAAAACACAGAACUAAGUCAUAAUUCAGAGAUUUUAAACUGCAGUGUGUACUCUCCUGUACUGUUUGUUGUGACAAGAACUUCUAAAUAUCACUGGAUGAAUGAGGAAUAAAGUCUACACGACCUUGA